UUUUAUUCAAGAACUCAAUAUAUUAUUUCUGAUAAUAAACUGUUAAUGAAAUACAAUAAGGAGUUGUACAAUACAUUCGUAGCAAUUUCUCCAAAUUGUCUUAUUGAUCACCCGACGUACUGUAAAAAAUUAAAGAAGGAUGAAGAACCGCUGGAUCAAGACGAGUUCUUUGCAUUUAAGCAAUGUUUACCUAAGCUACAAGAUACUUUUUUGGAACAUAAUAAAAAAAAUUACACUAAUGGGUUUGGCCGAAAUUAAAGAUGAACCUUUCAACAAAUUGAAAAUAUUUUAUCCACGGAUCUAUCACAUUUCAUAUGACAAUUAUAUCUUAAACAUAGAGCUAAAAUAUGGCAAAGAAGCAGAUGACUCUCGAAAUAUUAUAGAUGCUCUGAAGCUGUCUAGCAAUGAAUUCGCUGAGUACAAAAACAAGUUCCCAAAACUAUUUGAGUUUUCUUAUGUAACUUAUCGGAAACGGAUGGAAAAUAAAGAUAUGUUCACAAAGGAGGAAUUUAUGGCAAUUAGAAAAGCCAACUUUCCACUGCCAGAUGAAAACUACGAACAACAUAAAUCAAAAAUGGAUUCUCUUGAUAUAGACCCCAUCCCAUAUGAUGUAUUUUGUUUUUUGAAAGGACUUUAUCCCGAUUUGUUUGAACUAAGGUAUUCAUAUAGGCUUACAAAAGUAUACAGAGAAAUUCAACGCGUCAACUAUCUAGAUGAUAAAUUCAAAUUAUAUGAGGACUACGAAAUAGUUUCAGAAAUUAUUAAAAGAUCUAACCCGUAUCUAGAACUAGAAGAAAAAGUUGAAAAUUUAUUGAAACAUAUGAUGAAUGGUCAAGAAUUUAACCAGCUAACAAAAUAUUUUCCAAAGGUUUUUAGACCAUAUUCUGAUUUUGUUUAUCUGUGGAAUAUUCGAGAAAAACCAAAUGAAGAGUCAGAUGUUAUGGAUGAAGAAAUGUUUAAUUCAUUCAAAAAAGCUUAUUUUGUAUCAAUAAACGAAACCUAUAUGGAGUAUAAGACAAGAAUGGAAUCUCUAGAACUAACCGCUGUUCCCAGUAAAUUUCUCCGUUACUUCAAAUCAAUUUAUCCAGAUCUAAUUAACACACAUCAAUAUUACUUUGCAAAAACUGAAUUAUACAAAGCUGUUGAACUAAGAUAUAUUCAAAGCCAUCUGACAAAGGAAAUAGAGCAAAUAGGCUACUCUCCUUUAUCCAGCAACGACUAUUCUAAUUUUCAAAAAUAUUUUCCAAGAAUAUUUGAUUCUCAUACAAAUUACUUAAAAGUUACUAUUGAGGAAAACGAACGUAACAAAAAUGAAGGUGUAGAUGGAGAUCUGAUGCCAAUCAUUUUCAACCACGACGAAUUUGACUCAAUUAAAACUGCUUAUUAUCCAAGACUAUCUGAAAAUUAUGAUAGCUAUAAAGCAAGAAUGAUAAGCUUAGGUUUAUGGGUUUUGGAAAACAAUGCAUUUAGGAGUUUUAAAGCCGUUUAUCCUAAUCCUACGACAUCUGAAGCUUAUGCUGAAUACAGAACGGUCUUCGAAAUGAUAGAUAACAACAAAGGUACACCUAUAAUUGGAAUACGACACAUUAUGACUGAAGAGGAGUUUGGUAUAGACUUAAUCCAAGAUUUUCCGAAACUAUUUGAAAGUUGGGAAGAAUUUAUUGAAAGGAGAAUAAUUUCGGAUUCAAAAUACAAAAUGAAAAGUUUAUUCAAGGAUGAUGGCAUUUUUUCUAAAAACUUAUUCAAUGAUAUGAGAAUUGUUUACCAUCCAAAAUUGGGACAAGAUUUCAUAUCAUUUUUAACAAUUAAUAGUUCUUUGGGACUUCCUGAUAAUGCUUCACGUUGGACGAGUUACUUUAAAAAAAUAAUAAAAUUGUAUCCAAUGUUUUUUGAAAGUUUUGACAAUUAUGAAGUCCGCCUUAAAGGAAAGCCAUUAGAGUGUCUAAAAUUGAAUGAAAAAAUGUUCUAUACAUUCUUUGAAAUAUUUCCAUUCCCAUAUGAAUCGUAUGCACAGUACAAGAUAAGGAAUGCUGGUGCAACAUAUAAGUUAAGCGAAGAAGAAUUCUCAUAUUAUCGACAAGUUUUUCCACUUAUAUCUGAAACAUACAAUAAAUACAAAAAGCGAUUAGAAAUUGAAAUUUGUAUUGAAUUCGUGAAUGAAGAUUUGUUUGUGCUUUUCAAGUCAUUGUUUCCACAAAUAGAUGAAUAUUACGAAACUUAUAAAAGUCGCGUCGACGUUAGUUUGAUGAAAAGUGACGAAAAAACAAAGAAAAAGCUGGCAUUCUUAGUCAAGUACAUGAAAUUUCAUGCAUUGAAAUAUUGGUCAUUGAAUUAUACAGACACUUAUGCAAAAACAACCGACAAAUCUGGAGCCACAAAUAUCGAAACAAAUGGAGCUAUGACCUACGAAGAAUUUCAAGCGUUCAAAUUCAGUUUACCAAUACCAAAUGAACUCCGUGAAGAUUAUAUAUUCAGAAUAAAUGAACUUGUGUCUUCAAGAAAAUGUGAUGACACUCCCAAACAAGUUAAACCUGAAAUAUUACCUUUAGAGCUUUUUCAAGAUUUACUAAAUUGUGAGUUAUGUUUAUUUAUUUAUUUAUUUAUUACAAAUAUACGGGUUACCCCUUCAACAUUAAGCUAACAGUAGGUACCUACC